AUGGAGACCUGCAGUCUUCGUUUUGCUUCAUAUCUUACCAAUUGCUUAUGUGUUCACACUCCAGGAAAUCAUGCGUCCCCGCAGUCUUAUAGCACCGACGCUUGUGCAAAACAACAGUACAUCCUUAUCGUCAAUUGCAGGAUCUUGAAAACCCCACACUCCCCCCUGGACCCAUGGACCUACAUGGGCCCCAAAGGCCGCUACGAAUUCUCCAACUACCGCAACCCCAGCAUCAAACCUAACUGGCUGGCGACCUUCUUGUUGACCUGCCUGGGCGACAUCUUCGAUGCGACCGCAACCCAAGGCUUCAGACCAGACGAGCCUUACCCGGACGGAACCUACAACUGCCAUCUGGAUUACGUCUCGACGUCUGGAUCAAGAGGGGAUUUUGCACUCGGAAUCACAAAGAUAGAGGCGCCGGUUUGGUACAUGACUUUCUCCGACAUCGUGGAUGAUCUGGAAGCGCUUUGGUAUGCCGCGCUGUGGUUUGAAGAAAGGGCCGCUGGUGUUCCGGAAAUGGAUUUCAAUGUGUACCAAUUUGAUCGACAGAGUUCUGAUGCUAGGGGCUCUUCUUUCCUGGCGUCUCGUGGUAACUUUUCAUUCGCACUCAUCGGCGAGGCCGACGUGGGUAACGCAUAA